AUGUCGUUCAACUUUUGGACACCGCCGCUAAAGGCCGACUUCCAUCGAGUCCUUACGUCCAUGCGACAGCUAACUGAUGUUCCAUCGGAGCCACGAACUUAUCGCGGAGGAAGAACAUCACAAUCUGACACCCACACCCUUUCUAUUGAGGAUGAAAUGCAAUGUGCCGAUGCCAUCGCAUUCCUUGCGCAUCACAAGGAGGGAGCUCAAUUCGUUUCUACGGUGACCUUGCGUGAAUGUCACGAACGGCUGCGGAUCGUCCUUGCCGGCAACACAACACCAUCAUCAAAGGUCCAGGAUGAGCUCGCGAAGGUAAUGGAUCAUGGGAAGCUUCUCGAGAUGGUUAUCCGCUUGAACAGUAGUCGUAUUCUAAGCCGGCUGCGGCCGACCUGGGUGGCACAACCUCGCCACUUCACAAGACGACAGAUGUCAUUGCAGGGCAGAGUACAGACGUGCAUAGUCAGGAUCGAAAAAUCCCUACAAUCCACUGCGCAAAUCACACAAGUUCUCGAACGACUGAAGGGCUUAGGGGACACCCUAAAACUCGUCGAGCACCCUACAGAGCCCAGUGCCUUGUUGGACGCCAUUAAGACCAUUGUCGAAAAUUGCGCGCAAGUGGCAAGCCUGGGCAGCGCUAACUCGGUCGAGGAGCAUCUGAAGUCGUUGGGCGUUGGAAAACGGCUCGCCGAGAGCCCAGAGAUCCGCCAGAUUGACAAGUUGGCAAGGUACUUUUUCACAUGCAAAGACCUUACCCGUCUCGCAAAGAAAACCCGCUAUCGGCACUUGUUUGGACAUGUCGAGGUUGUGGCUUUGGAGUCACCCGCAGGCAUUAUCCCUCCAGGUGUUGCUCAGUACUGCUUCGUGCACGCAGAGGUUCAACAGAUAUUCGACUUGGAACGGCAGCCACAUGUACCAGCGCCGCGGGCAAUCGGAUGCAGCAAGUCCGCUUCCUAUCUAUGUGAUCUAUUCAUUCGUAUGCAUGGGGUUUAUGUGGUGUCGCACACCCAUGGUCGGCUUUACGAGGAAUGGACGCUGCCAGACGUCGACUGGAUGACCGCUAAAGAGACAGAGAGGUUUCGAAGCGUGAUAGAUUGCAUGACAAGGGACAUGGGAGAGGCGAUUCAAAGGCUCAAAGUCGAGAGACGAAUCGUGUAUUGCUAUCCUCUUGAAAGUCGUGCAUGUCUGCCUUUGUCCAGUGGAGCCACCUCGAGCCUGACUGAACGACUCACGGAGGUUGAGGGGAACGUGAUCCCAGCGCGGCAUGGCAAUGUUGAAGACGCCAUGCUACCAAGGCGCCAUUCAUGGCCGGUCAUGCUGUCACAUUUCGUCAAGAUCACGGAGCUAGAACUACCGUGGCAUCGGUACGCGUUGGUGGGACAAGGGCCGUUACACAUCCAGAUCGACAGACUGUCCCUUCAUAUGGAAUUUGCGUCGACAGCGACUGGGCUGCUUUCGGUUUAUCGUCGACAUGAUGGCGCCCUUGACGAGGGUAAGAUUUUGAAAGCAGCCGACAUCCCCAUGGACUCAAAUCUUCUUAUCCGGGGCUGUCGAGCCACGGGGAAAGUGGCAUUCGGCAUCUCACUCAAUGCCAUUGUGGUGGUUCAGAUCGAGUUUGUUUGGGAUACACCUUCACAUCAAUAA